AGGUGAGCCACUUACCUGCCCAGGUAGUAGGCAGAGAGAGCGAGAGGAUUUGUAGUUGGCUGGACGCCGCGCGCUUCCCUUCCCCCACUUCUUUUGUUUGGGUCGCGCCCCACCUCCGGAUCCACCCGUGUUUUAUUUGGGCGGCCGCGCUCCCCGGAUCCACGCGCGUUUUGCUCCCGCCCCCCCCCCAGCUCCAGCUUUUUUGGGGGGCGGUGCUUUGUUUGGAUCGCGCGCCCGGAUCCACGCGUGGUUUUUCUUUGUUUUUUUUUCUCUCUCCUGGGUGGCUCGCCAUGGCCAACUCCGGGCUGCAGCUGCUGGGCUUCGUGCUGGCCCUGCUGGGCUGGGUGGCCCUGAUCGCGGCCACCAUCCUGCCUCAGUGGCGCAUGUCCUCCUACGCGGGGGACAGCAUCAUCACGGCCGUGGCGGUCUACCAGGGGCUGUGGAUGUCCUGCGCCUGGCAGAGCACGGGGCAGAUCCAGUGCAAAGCCUACGACUCCAUCCUCAACCUCAGCUCUGCUCUCCAGGCGACACGAGCGCUCAUGGUGGUCUCCAUCGUGAUGGGCAUCAUCGGCAUUGGUGUUGCCUCCAUGGGCAUGAAAUGCACCCGCUGCGGGGGGGACAACAAGGUGCAGAAGGCGCGCAUCGCCAUGACUGGGGGGCUCAUCUUCGUGGUGGGAGGUUUAGCGGCACUGAUUGCCUGUUCCUGGUAUGGAAACCAGAUUGUGCGAGAUUUCUAUGACAUCACGGUACCUGUGAACACCAAGUAUGAAUUUGGAUCGGCGAUCUUUAUCGGCUGGGCUGGGUCCGCCCUGGUGCUGCUGGGCGGGGGUCUCCUCUCCUGUUCCUGCCCUGGGAAAGCAGGGUACAACCAGCAGUACCCCAAAAGCAAAGCCACUUCCCGGACCCCCACCAACAAGGAAUACGUCUAGCACCUUGAUUUGAUGCCAGCUGUCCGGCCCGUACCCUUUCCGCAGUCGAUAUCCUGGAGCCUGCGAAGGGGUUAACUCCUUGCAUUGUGGGGUGGUGGGGUACCCCCACUUAGGAAUAUCAGGGUGCUCCUGAACGCUGCACAGAUGUUUUUAAAAGCAUUCAUGACCAUUGAGAUUUUUUUUAACCUUCCCACAUUUUUGGGGUAUAGGAAGGAUUUUUGGGGCACAGGGAGGAUUUUUGGGGGUGCUGUGUACUUGGGGGAGGGUUAACUGAGUAAGGGGGUGCCCCUAAAUUCUGUUCAGCAUAGCUGAUUGGGGGGAGAGGGUGGGUUUUCAUUUUAUGAGCGGGGAGCACCCCAAAACAGGAUAUACCUGUAUAAAGGGGUGUGUAUAUUUUGCCAUACGUUGGAGAAACCAGUUCAGAUUUUCUUCCUUUUUAGCCGGGGUUAAACCUCAAUAUAACUGACCUGAUCUGUCUCUGAACGGGGGGGGAUCCCCACCCUGGAAAUCUUACCAUCUGUCCUUAAAAUCCCCCCCCCUUUAAGAAUCUCUCCCCAUCAUCGCUAUGGUGGAAUUGUAUUUUAUUUUUAUUGCAAGGGGGGAAGUUUAAUGGGGGGGGGAUGGCCAAUGUCUUUAUUUAAAAGCGCUCCUGCUCGUUAGGGGUUUUUAACGAAUGAUCUGUGCGUGGCUGAGAUUCAUGUGGGCUUUGUCCUCUUUUGUACAGAAAUUAAAAACUGUGUUUUGGAAAA